AAAAAAUCGACAUAAAUUGCGAAAAUCUGACUUUUAACAAAGUAUGGUUAUUGUUUCCUGUCGGACCUCUGAAGCGGCGGACACUGUGGUAGACAAGCGGCAACAACGGUGGAAAAUUCACACGUGCGUUUUCAGCGAGCACAGGCUAAUAUGUGCAGGGUGGAGCAGUUGUAGUAACAGCUAUGCGAGAAGACAGCAUGCACUUAAAAUGGUCUGCUAUUCCUGGCCUGAGUGUUGUUCGUUCCACAGUAGAAGAAGGGCAGAACACACGCGGCUAUGAGACUGUGCAUGGUUUGACUUCCCUAGUGGUAGAUUUUCUAACGGAAUACAUCAAAUAUAAGGGUCACCGUAAGCUGGAGCCUAUCCCAGCUAACUUCAGACCAAAGACAGACUACACCCUGUACUGGUCCACAGUCAUUUAUAGGCAGAGUCUUGACUCACCAGGCUCCCCAUGAAAAUGUCAUCCUCAUAUGCAGCCGCUAUAUCUGCCCUCGUUAAAGCCAGCUCUCCUAAACAACAAGUCAAACCUGACCCUCACUCCGAUCCAGACCCUCACUCUGAUCCAGACCCGCCUGGUCGCCCCAUAUCUGUCCCCUCACCCAGCCCAGUUGGGCAACGCUGCCCUCCAGCAGAAGCACAUCCUGCUGCCUCUGAGGCUAUGGGAUCGUACGAGGAGCAGGAGAACCCGGCAGAAUACAGGAUAGGCGGUUAUUAUCCUGUAGAAAUUGGAGAGAUAUUUGAGGAUCGAUACCAAGUUGUGAAAAAGUUGGGAUGGGGUCACUUUUCGACUGUGUGGCUCUGCUGGGAUAUGGUAAAAGGAGGUUUCGUGGCUCUGAAGGUGGUGAAGAGUGCCGAGACGUAUCGAGAGACAGCGCUGGAUGAGAUCAAACUUCUGAAAUGUGUGAGGGACAGUGAUCCCAGAGAUCCUAAACGUGACAGCAUUGUGCAUCUCAUCGAUGACUUCAGGAUCUCUAGAGGGAACGCGCAGCAUGUGUGCAUGGUUCUGGAGGUACUCGGUCACCAGCUUCUAAAGUGGAUCAUCAAAUCCAACUACACCGGUCUUCCACUUCCUUGUGUCAAGAGUAUCAUCAGACAGGUCCUGCAGGGUUUGGAUUACUUGCACACCAAAUGUAAAAUCAUCCACACCGACAUCAAGCCAGAGAACAUUCUCCUGCAGGUGGACAAAGUGUACGUUCAGAAAAUGGCGGCCGACACCAAACUGUGGCAAAUGCCAGACUCCACUGGGUUGAACGUGAACUCCAGCGCCAAACAAAAAAAGAGAUUGUCCACCUUGAUGGGGAGGCUGACGGGGGUUUUCCAAACAAUUGGGAAUUGGUCCAGUAAGACUUCAAGAUCGCAGCUGAAACGGUUAAUGAGGAAGGAGAAGAAGCCGCAGCAGCGAGGACAAGAGAGCGACCAGAGUCAAAAAGAAACUUCAUGCGCUGCUGUUCUUUCUGAUGUGACGACACCCUUGAGCACACGCAGCGCAACCUGUCAAUCAUCGCUUCUGUGUUCUGACCUCAAAUUAAGGAGGCGGACCUUGCUGCUGUCUGACAGGCCGGACUCGUCUCUGCUCAGUCGCAGAAACCUCACCUUUUCCUUGCCAGACAUCACCAAAGAUGUAUUUCUGCACCCGGCUGCAGACAUAACACCUUCUCCUCCAGGAAGCAGUGACUGUGACGUGCCUUUUGACUUCCUGUUGCCACGCAACGCUGAGAAGCUGCUCGUUAAGAUUGCAGACCUGGGCAAUGCUUGCUGGGUGCACAAACACUUCACUGAGGACAUCCAAACAUGUCAGUACCGCUCCGUGGAGGUGCUGAUCGGCGCUGAUUACGGCACCCCGGCUGACAUCUGGAGCGCUGCCUGCAUGGCUUUUGAGCUGGCAACAGGGGACUAUCUUUUUGACCCUCAGCCAGGGGCCACAUUCUCCCGUGAAGAAGAUCACAUUGCUCACAUUAUUGAACUACUUGGAGCCCUCCCAUCACAGUUUACUCUCUCAGGGAAGAAGUCCAAAAUAUUCUUCAACCAAAAAGGACAACUGAGGCACAUCUCCAAGCUGAAGCCGUGGAGCUUGUUGGAAAUUCUUUUGGAUAAGUACGAGUGGCCCAAGGAUGAAGCAACGCAGUUCAGCUCCUUCCUCCUAACCAUGUUGCAGCUUCAGCCGGAAAAGCGAGCCACAGCAGCGCAAUGUCUGAAACACCCAUGGAUCACAUCUUAAGAACUGUACCUGCCCAACACCACGGGGUGCCAAAUGUGCAUGUCUUUGGAGGUGGGAGGAACCCACACAGUCACGGAAAGAACAUGCAAACUCCACACAGAAAAACCUCCAGCCCGGGAAUCUAACCCAGGACCUUCUUAUUAAGUUAAAGUACCAAUGAUUGUCUCACACACACUAGGUGUGGUGAAAGUUGUCCUCUGCAUAUUGAGAGGCACGAGCACUAACCACUGGUCUACCAUGCUGCCCCAAAUCUAAAUGUUUAACAUAAGUAUUAAAUAUAUGUUAUACCUAAAUUGUAAAUACAAAUAUAAAUGUUAAAUCUAAAUCCUCCUCACUGCACAUCCUCUUCCACAGCACGGCAGUCAUUGUCACUAACAUUUAUAUUUAUAUUCAACAUUUACAUUUAGAUUAUACAUUUAUAUUUAGAUUCAACAUUUAUAUUUAACACUAGAUUUAAUAUUUACAUUUAAAAUUUAGAUGAAAUAUGUAAUUUCAGAUUUAAAAUAUAGAUGUAAUGUUUAAUUUUAGAUUGUAUUCAACAUUUAGAUUUAGAUUGUACAUUAUUACAUAGUGGAUCUCAGUUUGUAUAAUAUAUAUGUCUAUACACUACCGUUCAAAAGUUUGGGGUCACCCAAACAAUUUUGUGGAAUAGCCUUCAUUUCUAAGAACAUACACUACCGUUCAAAAGUUUGGGGUCACUCAAACAAUUUUGUGGAAUAGCCUUCAUUUCUAAGAACAAAAAUAGACUUUCGAGUUUCAGAUGAAAGUUCUCUUUUUCUGGCCAUUUUGAGCGUUUAAUUGACCCCACAAAUGUGAUGCUCCAGAAACUCAAUCUGCUCAAAGGAAGGUCAGUUUUGUAGCUUCUGUAACGAGCUAAACUGUCUUCAGAUGUGUGAACAUGAUUGCACAAGGGUUUUCUAAUCAUCAAUUAGCCUUCUGAGCCAAUGAGCAAACACAUUGUACCAUUAGAACACUGGAGUGAUAGUUGCUGGAAAUGGGCCUCUAUACACCUAUGUAGAUAUUGCACCAAAAACCAGACAUUUGCAGCUAGAAUAGUCAUUUACCACAUUAGCAAUGUAUAGAGUGUAUUUCUUUAAAGUUAAGACUAGUUUAAAGUUAUCUUCAUUAAAAAGAACAGUGCUUUUCCUUCAAAAAUAAGGACAUUUCAAUGUGACCCCAAACUUUUCAACGUAAGUGUACAUAUAUGUUUAUACUUAUUAACGUUAGAUUUAAUAUUUAGAUGUAAUUUGUAAUUAUAGAUCUAACAUUCAGAUUUAAAAUAUAUGGUUAAUUUUACAUUCAACAUUUAGAUUUGACUUUUACAUUUAGAUAUAAUAUUAUAUACAUUUAGAUAUAACAUUAUUAGAUUUAGAUUUAACAUUUAGAUUUAGAUUUAACAUGUACAUUUGGAUGUAACAUUUACAUAUAUCUGUAUCAUGAAUCAAUUUAAGUGGACCCCGACUUAAACAAGUUGAAAAACUUAUUCGGGUGUUACCAUUUAGUGGUCAAUUGUACGGAAUAUGUACUUCACUGUGCAACCUACUAAUAAAAGUCUCAAUCAAUCAAUCAAUCAAAACAUUCAGAUUUAACAUGAAAAUUAAACUUAUAUUUAAUAUUUAUAGUUAACGUUAGAUUUAUAUUUAAAUUCAGAUUUACCAUUUAGAUUCACCAUUUAAUUUAUAUCUUAAAUGUGAAGAAAAUUAGCUAAAUAUGAGAAAAGUGAGCUAAAUAUUUAGAAUAUGUCAGCUCCAAGUGUGAUUUAAUUGUUACAUUUGGCACUCAAUACUCGUAGGGCUCGGAGGUGAUCUUUUAUUUAGUCUGGUGCUGCUUUCUUCACUUUAAGUUAAGGUACAAUGACCAAAUGAAAUACCUGUAUGUGUUUUUUUCUUUUUAAAGUGCCUUAUAAUUUGACUGCAAUUUUCUGACCAGCAAUACAAAAAUAAACAUUUGAAAAAAAUAAUAAUCAAUAAUAAUUACAAUAUUUUUGAGAGGACAAUAUAUAUGUGCUAGUGCAGGGGUCGGCAACGUUUACCACUCAAAGAGCCAUUUUGGCAAGUUUCACAAAUUAAAGUAAAUAAUGGGAGCCACAAAAAUUUUUUUAAAAUG